GUAUAUAAACCGCUCAUGGGGAUAUGCAGUCAGGACACUCAUCUUCAAUACACAAUGGUGUACAAGUACGCAUUCUGCCUGGCCCUUUUGGCCGUCGCCUCCGCCCGCCCCCAGCAAAAGGAGGAGCCCAUCGCCAUCCUUCGUCUCGACAACGAGGGAGUCAACUUCGAUGGAUCUUACAAAUUUGGUUACGAAACGGCCAAUGGCAUCCAGGCCGACGAGUCUGGUUACGUGAAGCCCAUCCAGAGCGACGAUCCCGAAAACACCCAGGCCCAGGUUGCUGAGGGAAGCUACAGCUACACCGGCGACGAUGGUCAGCGCUACACCGUCACCUACGUGGCCGACGAGAACGGAUUCCAGGCCCAAGGAGCUCACCUUCCCACUCCCCCUCCCAUCCCUGAAGCCAUCCAGCGCGCCCUUGACUACAUCCGUUCCCUUCCUCCCCAGAAGAAGUAAAUGAAUCAAUAACUAUACAUAUAUUAGGUCAAUCAAACACCCCUCAUGUCAUCCGUUGAAUCUUAUGUAAAAAACUUCUCUAUCUUUGUAAGGAAAAAGCAAUAAAAACUGAUGUGUUCCUAAUACAGUCGAACCGAAAA